AUGCUUCCCAUCAAGUCACUCUUUUUAGUCACACAUUUUCUUUCUUUCGCUACUACUACUCCUUCUCCUACUCGGUUUCGGGAUUAUGACCCCAAAGAUCCAUGCCCGCGGCAGUGCGGUCUUGUAGGCACCGAUCCACAGGACUGGGCUGUAUAUUAUAGCCCAGAUGCCUUAGACGGAUGUAACCGGCCCCUGUUAUUGGAUUUCAAGUUGGAUUCAGAGCUGGAUAACCCUAAUACCUCUGUCCCUGGUCUAAACUCUUCGGCCCAGAAUGUCACACUGCAGAGGAUAGAAUACGACGGGGCCUCCGGAGACAGUCUUGUUGCCGCUGGUGCCGUGUUCCACAUCCAACGAUAUCUCGAGCAGAAUGUUGAGCAGGAUAAUAACGUAAUCAUGUUUUCAACGUCAGGCAAUGCGACGGUGGGAUUCUUCGGAGGUGCCCUCAUGGACACCCAACGGAUGGCGACAUCGCUUCUUCCAGAACUCAUUCGGCACAUCACUCAUGAUGGUUUCUCGAAUGGCGUCCUAGAGCAAAUCUGUGGCACUAGGCGAAACGCUCAUGAAGUCUGGGGCAUCAUGGUGUCCUUUUCAGCCAGUAUGUCCACCGUCCAGGAGACUGUUCGGACCUGGUCGCAGGGCAAGUGUGUUACACCCAUAUCCCCCAUGGCCGGGGUAACCUCGUUCCACAGUGCUAUGAUUCCUACCACAGCUUUUAAUCGAAGGCCUCGUGUCCUGAAUGCAAGAACACCUACCCUGCAACGUCGUGCCGAAUGCUCAACCAUCAAAGUGUUAGAGGGCGACAGCUGUGGCACGCUUGCGAAUAGAUGUGGUGUAUCUGGUGCUGAUUUCGAAAAGUACAACACACAAUCUAAUUUAUGCUCGAGUCUACAGCCUGGACAGCAUGUUUGCUGCUCAGCCGGUACCCUUCCCGACUUUCGGCCUAAGCCUAACCCUGAUGGCUCAUGUGCCACGUACACCGUUUUGGUGGAUGAAAGUUGCAAGUCUAUCGCCACUGCUAAUUCCAUCACUUUAGGAGAUCUGGAAGAAUUCAACAAAAAGACAUGGGGUAAGUUUAGCCUUCUCCUCAAACAAUGUCCUGUCCAACGCUCAUGCGGACUUGUAGGAUGGAAUGGAUGCGGUACCUUAUGGCAAGGUGCAAAGAUAUGUAUCAGCUCUGGUGAUCCUCCAAUGCCUAAUUCCGUGGCCAAUGCCAUUUGUGGCCCCCAGGUCCCUGGUACAGAAGCACCAACAGAUGGGCAAGACCUUGCCAGUUUAAACCCAUGUCCAUUGAAUGCAUGCUGUGACAUAUGGGGCCAAUGUGGUACAACAGCCGAAUUUUGCACUUACAGUUCCAGUGAAUCCGGCGCCCCAGGAACAGCGGCCCCUGGAGAAAAUGGCUGUAUUUCCAACUGUAACGCAAAUGUGGUAAGCUCAGGACCUCCAGAGGAAUACCUACGCAUUGGAUAUUUUGAGGGUUAUAAUCUUGGCCGUGCCUGCUUGAACAUGGAUGCCGGGCAAAUCGAUACAGAGAAAUAUACUCAUAUUCAUUUCGGGUUUGGUACACUCACCGAGGACUUCAACGUCAAAGUCGGCGAUGCCCUCUCCCAAUUUGAGUUUGAGCAGUUCAAACAGCUGACUGGGGUGAAACGUAUCCUCUCCAUUGGCGGGUGGGACUUCUCAACAUCUCCCGAUACCUAUACGACUUUUCGGGAGGGAGUUAAGUCUGCGAAUCGGAUGACAAUGGCAGAGAAUAUAGCCAACUUCGUGGAGGAGCACGACCUAGACGGUGUGGACAUAGAUUGGGAGUAUCCUGGGGCUCCUGAUAUCCCUGGAAUCCCACCUGGCUCUGCGGAUGAAGGUGUGGAGUAUGCAAUAUUUCUUAUUCUUCUGAAAGGCCUAUUACGCGACAAAAGCUUGUCCAUUGCUGCCCCAGCCUCGUAUUGGUAUUUACGGCCGUACCAGAUUGCCGCGCUCGCUGAUGUCCUCGAUUACCUCGUGUUCAUGACAUACGACCUUCACGGACAAUGGGACCACAGCAACCAUUGGGCAGCUCCUGGCUGUGAAGAAGGAAACUGUCUGAGGAGCCAUGUCAAUUUAACGGAGACAUAUAGCGCCCUUUCAAUGGUCACCAAGGCCGGCAUGCCUUCUAACAAGGUGAUAACCGGCAUUGCCAGCUUCGGACGUGCCUUCAAAAUGACCACGCCUGGCUGCACAGGCCCUGAUUGUCAUUUCACAGGGGCCACAUCUGGGGCUAGGGCGGGGCGAUGCACUGCCACACAAGGAUAUCUCUCUGUAGCUGAGAUAGAUGAGAUUCUCAGCACCAAUCCAAGUGCGGACACAUGGACUGAUGACAGUCUCUCCAACGUCCUUGUAUACAACGAGACCGAGUGGGUCGCCUAUAUGGAUGACGCCAACAAGGCGGACCGCGACAUCCUGUACAAAGGUUUGAAUUUCGGUGGCACUGUGGAAUGGGCCACCAGUAUGCAUUCAUUCCACGAAGUUCCUUCAGAUGCACUGGUGCCUGGAGGGUCGCUCUCAGAUAUUAUCAAGGAAUGGCCUGUCUUUGUUGAGACAGUCAUUAAUGGGAAGAGCCCUUUCAUACACGGCGACCGCAACGGGCACUGGGCGGAUGGCUCGAUUACCUGUACGGAUGACGCCGUCGUUGGUGUGCUUGAUAUCCCACCGAAGAAGCGAUGGGAAGACCUUGAUUGCAGUACUGCGUGGCAAGAUGCGCUGGACAAAUACCGCCAGUUUGACCUUCCUCGAAAUUGGGACUUUACCAAAUCUAUUAGCGACACCUUCCACGGUCGCGAGAAUAUGAACUGUGGCAUAUUAUCGGCACAAGCUGACUGCAGCAUGAGCUUCCAGUGCGAGCAGUCCAAAGGAGAGGGUUCUGGGCCAGCAGGUUACGAGGUUAUGAAUUCACUCAUGUUUGAAUCCCUCUAUAAGGGUAUUGUUGGUGCAGCAGGUGUGGUCGCGAGCAAGAAUCUUGAAUUCGUGAAUAAGUUCGCUCCAAUACCUGACUACACUAUGACAUUCAACUUGUUCAUGGAUACUCUGGGGCUUGUAGUUCCAGCGGGGAUGGCACCUGUUUUUAACAACGUUUUGAGCAGAACUGCUUAUUUCAGUGCAAACCCUGCUAUGUUGGAUAACGCCAAAGAUGUGGUCUACACGAUGGUCGGCUCCUGGGUGAAUAUCGCCAAGGACAGCAACCCGGCAGACUAUGGUUGGGAUGAAGAGGACCAAUGGGAGUUUAUGGGCUUCAUGACGGACGUGUGGCACACAUGGCAGAACGAAACUGAAAACACCAGUCGAUACCUCUUCAGUGGUACGGAGGACGCCAUUCGCGACCUAUCCAAGAUUAUACGAGACGGUCAAUUGAUUCAAGGAAGCUUUGAGGGUGCUACGCCGCCAACAGAGAUGUCCGCCACGGAAAUCCAAGCAUUGAUUGAACGUGCCUUCUAUGGUUAUCUUAUUCCACGUAUAUGGCAGAGUUCUGGCACCAAAGCAUUUGUCAUUGACACCAACCAUGCAUGCGAUGGGAGUAAUCCCAUUCCUGACUACCUAGAUGACACCAACGCAGAGACCACCGCGGUAUGCUUUGAAGAUAAACUGUACUACUUGGCGUAUCCAGAUGGGAAUGCGGGAGAUACAUGUCAAUUGCCUGGCUCUACCCCUGUGUGUGUGCCGUUGAAAUUCAAAGUCCCACCGGGGCUGGACGAGUUGACUGGGGCGGUCAAGGAUUAUGGUGGUAUGAAACCCGUUGACAUAGUAGCCAGCACGGUCCGGUCUUACCAGGCGAACGGUAACAAGAACGGUUGGACGCUAAAAAGCAUGGGUGACGUUCAGAGCGUUGAUGACCUGAAUUUGGAUGCGCUUAUUACAUACCAGAUUGGGGCCGCAGGGUUCAGUACGCUUCCACUUUGCAGUGCAGAAGAAGCACAUCUGAACUGGGGUAUUGGAAAGGAUACAGACAAUUAUCCAUGUAACUAG